CCUGACACAGACCAUGUAUAUCUCACACAAAUGUGACACGAUUCCGCUCCCCACCCAUUUGUCACAGACCAUCACUCUUUCUCAUUUGUCAUCUCGUGUCACCUCUCUCUCCUCCUCACUCGCUCUUGUCUCCAUUUUCCCUUCACUAUAUCCUCCCUGCUCUACCUCUUCUCCAGUCAGAAAGCAGAGGACAUUUUUCCCCGUGUCUGAUGUCCGGCUGUCAGACCGUACCUUUCCCUGUCAAGGGGAGUAAUUCAUAAGCGUGCCUUGCGAGUCAGGUGUCUGGAUGUUCCUGGACCACUUGCCAGUCUACUGCAACAUUCAAGUCGAGCCUCCAAGAAAGGACUCUCCUUCCGAGAACUCUAACAAAGGAAGAUUCUUUCACUACAUAGGAGCAUUUUAUCCCCCUUUGAAUCGGACAAUUUCGACAGGUUUCUUUACCUAGUUUGACAUUUUAUGGAUGGUUAAGAUCCUGGAUUAAACAUUAUCAGCAAGACAACAAGGACGUGGGAAACAAAUCCCUUUCGCCGAUAGCCUGCAGUCAUCUUCACUAACCCCAGCAAGCGGUUUACAAGUGAAGGCAAAUUGACCGAGGAGAUCUUUUAGGGAAAAAGAAAAAGAAAAGAAAAAAGAAUUCGCUGGAAUAGAACAAUGGGAUCCGAGAUAGCGAGGUUGACGGUGUCGCUGCUGAUGCUGCUGCUGACGCUGGCGUUGGUGACUAAAGGUCAGGCUCCAGGUGCUGUACCAGGUGCUUUGCCAGGUGCAGGUCCGGUGUCCAGCACCCCUGGACAUCCAUUCUGCGUCAGUCCUCCGAUGGUCAGCACCCCUCGGAUGCCGAUUUACAGCAUGGAUGUGCACACUGGCUUCAUGCGCGGCUACCGCACCAACCAAUCGGUCAAAGUUGACAUCACAGCAAAGUAUCCCUCAGUGUGGAAGAUCAACCAACUGUUUAUUCACGUGCCGGACCCCGGAAUCACACCAAUUCUCCCACCAGUCGCUCCAGGCCCGAACCCCGCGCCGACUCCUGGCAUGGCGGCAAUGACCCCACCGCCCAGCAAUGGCCACUUGGGGGCUUGGACAUGGAACUUGGAGGGGGGUUCAAAGCCCGUGGACUGUGGGGGCACCACCACCGCCAACUUUGGCUACUUCGCGGGGCUGGGUGCUGAUGCUGCUGUCCUCAUCUGGAACGAAGGAGGGCUGACCAACGUCUCUGCCAUCUGGGUCCCUCCCACCGACUACCACAACAUCUUCCACAGAAAGACGGUGACCAUCGAAGCUUACAUUACCUUCGAGAAGACGCCCCCAGAGGUGCGCGCGGGGAUGGGCUACGGCCAAGCUCAGAGGCCCUCGCGGUGGGUCAAGAAGACCGUCAGCCUCGUCAGCCUGGACUACAUCGACAUCCAGAACUAUUUGCAGCGACUGCGUUUACCCAUGGAAAUGUUCAAUCGCAUGAGUCGAAUGCUGCAGUAGAAGAACUCGGUCUUCUCUGUCUAUUAUAUGAUUCGAUGUGGCCCGCAAGUUCGGUCCCCUGUAUUACCUGUGGUCUCGUCCCAGUCCCCUGGGCUCAGCUUUACCUGUGGCACCACUUGAACCACUUCUAUGAAAACCGUCGACGAAAUGUUUUCUGGGGAUAGUCUGCUGCUUGUCACCGCAUCUCUUUUCUGUUUCCUGAUUUUCUUUACCCCAACUCCACCCCCACGCCAUAGAAAAAAACUGUUCACGAUCGAGCCUCUGACAAGGGUACAUCUACAUCCUGCAAACAGAUAUUGAAAACACUCUCGGAUUUUCUUUUCCUGGGAUUUCUCAGUAGUGGUCUGGGUACUUGUGUGUCCGCUGAUCUUGACUGUGUGUCUGGCUCCUGUGACGACCUCACUCUUGUCAUUUAUUGUCCUAGUGAUUCACAUUCUCAGCGCCUUCCACGUGUGGGUCAAGGAAUUGAGCAGUCGGGGUACGAAGCCCACCCGGCCUCACACCCCCGUGAGCUGGAAUCCUAGUCGAGAUAACUCUCACGUGAAGUGCUCGUUCCUCAGGUUGUCUUUCUGCAGGUUAUUUCAAGUUCAUGCUUAGCACCAAUAAACCACUCUCUUUUCA